AAAUGUCCAGCCAAUCCCCUUGUGUGCAUUGGGAACAACACCCGUUCGAUGUUGUUUCUUGUAUAAAAGGCCACCACCAGUUCGAAGCCCAGUUGAGCGGUGACAGCUUUUGCUGCCACCCACCCGUCCAUGAAAGGGGAAAGGAAAAGAGACUUCUCUUCAAGCAGCAAAAAUCUCUCCAGCGACCCACAUGCCAAUGCUCAGUCACUGAGGACCGCUUGCCAAUGCCGCCGGUCUCUUUAAAGAGGCAUCUUCCGUCGGCCGGGUAGAUGAGAAGUUUGAGGCUUCCACCCAGUCGCUUCCGUCGUGGGAGAUCAUGGCACUUUAAUCCUUUUGCCUGGGGAGCCCAUUCCCUCUGUGGAGGCCCUGGCUUUGGAGCGGGAGCGAGUGCGAAAGAGAAGGAGAAACCGGGCGAAACGUCUGGAGAGCUGUUGAAGGCCGUCCGGUGUGACUUGUGGUGACGAAAGGUCAUCCACACUCGGCGAUUCCUAGCAGCCGGUUUUGUAGGGAAGGCAAGCCAAAGCUACAGUCAUGAAGGAACCGGGAACCGGUGUGGGGUACUAUCUAGUCUUCUCCGUGUGGCUUCUGGUGCACGGCCUCGCCGAGGGUGGAUGCGGCGACCGAGAGGCCCACAAAUGCUGCCCGGGCCGGAAUAACGAUUGCUCCGAUUUCUCUCCGAGGAGAACGCCGUGUUACUGUGACACCUACUGCGAGAAAACCGGGGAUUGCUGCGAGGAUUAUCACUCCGUCUGCCAGAUCUCGGCAGCUGUUGACUGUGUGGUCGGCCCUUGGGGUCCCUGGAGCGAAUGCAAUGCUCUUUGCGGUACGGGCAGCAAAGACCGGACUCGCCAGGUCACUGUGCCACCUCGAAAUGGAGGAACCCCCUGCCCAGACCUAAAGCAGAGACGGGGGUGCCUUGGGGAGAACUCGGCCUGCGAUACAGCAAAAGAGGUGGCUAAGAUCCUGCCCGAUUCUUUUAAAAGGGAUUUCAAGGACCCCUGGAGAAGACCUCACAUGUUAACGAGGGAGAAGCUGCCAAGUUACUGCAUCUACUUCCGCCUGACGCAGGUGAGCCCUGCUUGCCGCCUGCAUUUCUGGAGCAGGCCGCUAGCGAGAGAGCGUCGUGUCUGCGUGGAGUGCCAAGGGAAUGCCGUGGGCAGCAAGAAACGGUGCCAAGGGGACGGUCUGCAGGGGGCCAGAACAUUCUGGACUGCGGCGUCCAUCGCUGGCUGCCAAGGAUCUUGGGUGCAGGAGUCUCUACAGGAAAAAUGUGUGUGCCCUCAACUCUCGUUUAUCUUCAUAUGACGUCAUGUCGGGCUGAAUGGCAAUCUUAAGAAAGAGAGGAAAGACCAAACACCAGCCGCAGCUGUUUUGGGGUGUUUUCUUUUGGUAAAGAAGAGAGCUGAAUGGCAAUACUCAAGCUACAUUUUGGCAGCCAUUAUGCACCGACACUCAUGGUUUCCACUUGUUUUAUUCUGGACACCUGACCGUGUAUUGUUUCCAAGCACAAGAACGUCUGAUUCAAUCUCUCUUUGUU